AGAAACAGCUGUUGGACAAGUGGAAGGAAGAGGCAUAAAAAUACGUAACAUUACAUUUUAGCAAUGGCAAUUACACGAAUUCUCCGCCCAGCACACCGAUCUCUGGCUUCCUUCACUGCCAAGCGCACGGCGGUUACAAGUCAAACAGACAAGGUGCGGAUUGUGGAAGUGGGUCCCCGGGAUGGACUCCAAAAUGAAGCCAAAUUGCUGCCAGCAGCAACGAAAAUCGAGCUAAUCGAUCGUCUAUCCGAAACCGGUCUGACCACCAUUGAAGCAACAAGUUUCGUGAGCGCCAAAUGGGUUCCCCAAAUGGCUGACAAUUCCGAGGUAUUUCGUGGCAUUCGCAAAGUGCCUGGAAUCAGCUACCCAGUACUCACGCCCAAUCUCAAGGGUUUCGAGAGUGCGCUGGCAGCGGGUGCCAAGGAGGUGGCCGUAUUUGGCGCAGCUUCCGAUGCAUUUUCCCUGAAAAAUGUCAACUGCACAGCCGCCGAGGCAAUCGAACGCUUCAGGCCGGUACUGAAAGCAGCCCAAGAGCAUGGAGUGCGUGUCCGUGGCUAUGUAUCGACAAUUGUUGGUUGCCCAUACGAGGGAGCCGUUGCACCGAGUGCUGUGGUCCGAGUUGUCGAGGCUCUGCAUGAAAUGGGCUGCUAUGAGAUCUCCUUGGGCGACACCAUUGGAGUGGGCACACCCGGCAGCAUGCGUCGAAUGCUGGAUGAGGUUACACGGUCUGUGCCCGCUGACAAUCUGGCCGUGCACUGCCACGACACCUAUGGGCAGGCACUGUCCAACAUCUUGACCUCACUGGAGUACGGCAUACGAGUGGUGGACUCCUCAGUUUCUGGCCUUGGUGGCUGCCCCUAUGCCCGCGGAGCAUCUGGCAAUGCAGCAACCGAGGAUGUGGUCUACAUGCUGCAUGGCAUGGGCCUCCAAACAGGCAUCAAUCUCGACAAACUCAUACAAGUUGGGCGCUACAUCUGCGGCGAGCUGGGCCGCCCCUCCGAGUCCAAGGUGAAUCGCGCCUGGAAGGGGCAGUAGACAGAUCUGGCACGCUUCUGGGUACGGCAAACGAUGGCAUUUACUAGCAACUAGUUACACAAUA